AUGGAAGUUUGGUUAGGGGAGCCCGACAUCCUCGUGAGCCGAGCGGACGUUGACCUUCCCGCCAGCAAGAAGAAACUCUCGGCUCUGGCCUGCAAAUUUUUCGCCUCGUGGGCGCAGUCAGGAGAUCGAAACGACACCCUGUGCGACGCUGUAGCGGAUGUCGCCUUCGAACUGGCCAAGUUGUCUCUGCUCGACCACCAUGUUACACACCAAAUGAACUUCUACGCGGUCACCUCGUAUGCAUACGUCCGCAUGUUCAUGCCGUUGCUCAUUAUGAUGAACGGAACUAAGGAUUACAUGGGCACUAACGCCACAUACGUCAUUAAGAACAGCUUGCAAAUGGGGGCACUAAAGGAUCUCUUGGCGUCUAAGCCGAGUGACGUGCUGGCGUACAUGGCGUUCCACACGACCGUCUAUCUGUCCCCCUACCUGAAAGGCAAGGAGGAGCUCUGGGGCCACACCAUGUUCAUGCUGACGGGGAGCCAGCGGCCGCAGCCGGUGCCCAAGUGGCGGCUGUGCCUGCGGCUCAUCGACAAGCUCCUGCCCGGUCCUCUGGUGGUGGCCUUCGAGACGGCCGACCGCAGCAAACCCUUCUUCGCCGACCUCGUGGCACGUGUCAUCGAAUGCCACCCGCUUUUGCGCUGA